AUGUUGUCAGAUGUAUUAGAAGAUUAUGAUCAAAUGACUUGGUCCUCUAUAUUUGAGGAGAUACGUCCCUCACAAAACAUAGUUUAUGCAUUAGACCCAAGAUUUUUACAUAAAUUACGUAAUAUCUGUAUUAUUGCUUUAUCUGGGAAUAUAUUAAUGAAUAUUUCGAUGGUACUAUGUAUAAUUUUAGCUAUAUCUGAAGAUAUUCUAUUUCCAAAAAUUACAAAAACAAUUUUGUUCAUUGUACUUGCUACUGCAUCAAUUAUUUCUUCAACAAUUUUAUACAAAGAAUAUAAGAUAGUUAAAACUAUUAUUGGUGAGUAUCCAGAAAUUCCCUUUAAAUCUAAAAUUUGUCUUUAUAUUAUAUGCCUUAUUAUGGGGUUUUUUGGUAGGAUUGGUGAUGCAUUAGAUACAUGCUUUUUAUUAAGUCUCUGGUUUAUAUCCAUCAACUAUAGUUUAAUUAUUUAUCCAAUAUUUAUUUUUUCUAAUAUAGUAAUCAUAGUUAUUAAAUUUCGUAUGAUUAUAACAUUAUUUUUAUCUAAUGAUUUAUUUAUAAUUUCUAAACCUUCAACUUUUUUGUCACUUUUCAAAACAGCUAAUAUGGAUAAUAUUGAAGAUUAUGAGCUGGAAUCUAGAAAUAGAAUAAAUGAGGAAGAGAUAGAAAUGUCUGGAAUCUCUACUAAUUGUCAACAUAAUGUUAAUAAUUGUAUAGAAUCAGUUUCAAAUAAUAGAGAUGAUAAUGAAAACAAUACUAGACAUGUAUUAUACAAGUGUAUUAGAAGAUGUAAAAAAUUGUUUGUAGAUGAUGAUCUCAAUAUGUAUGAAUAUAAAGAAAAUAAUAACAAUUUAACAGGUGGAAUUAUUAAUGUUGAAUCUUCUAGUAGUUCUUAUCAAAAUGUCAAAGUACCAUAUACAAUACGUCCCUAUAAGAUUCUACAAUUUUCAGAUACACUUCAUAUAUUUCAUCUUCAUUUAAUUCACAAUAUUUUCCGUGACUUUUUUGUAGUUCCAAAUCAUAUUGAAGCUCAUGACUUUAAUAUUUCUUCUUAUUUUUUAUGGAAAUUAUUUACUAAUGAUGCCUUAUUAUUAUUAUUAAAGCUUAUAGUUUUGUGUAUUACUGGUGGAUAUAAUAAUUGGUUUCUUACUAUAUCCAUUAUAUUUACAAUAUUAUAUAAUAUUCCUAUGUUUAUUUAUCUUCAUAUAAAUGAAGCAGUUAUCCAAGACAUAUGCCAAGAAUAG